GUUCGCUAUGAUAACGUCUCUGAUAUCAUUUCUCUACACAGAAAUACCGUCUCACCACGAGCACUCAAGCACGAAUCGCCGCUCGACGUUCCCCCCGCGCUGCCAUUCCCCGUCCCAGUCCCAUCCCAUCCCAGUGCCGAGCAUCCCGCAGCCUCGACAUGAUUGCGUAGGGCCGAAAACCUCCACAUACAAAAAUACAAUCCACAAUCUUCUCAAUUGCGCAAUCCUGCUGCCACGUCUCACUGCAUCACAGCCGCGAAUCUAGCUUCCAUCUAUACAUAACAAAUCCAACCACCCUCCCUUCCAUCCCAUCCCAUCCCACCACUCGCCCCCUCACAACCACUACCACAACCACAACCAUGACCUCCCCAGACCCAACAUUCCAGCUCUUCACCUCCCUCCGCUACGACCCCCUCCUCCUAAUCUCGGCCGAAAACUCCCUCCCAACAUUGAACUUCAUCGCCCCCUCGCCCUUCUACAUGCUCGCCUACCACCGCGACCGCAUGCUCGAAGCAGCGCAGCACUUUGACUUCUUCGCCGUAGCAUCGCGGCUAUCAGACGGUGUGAGACUGCACAACGAGCUCUUAGCAGAAGUGGAGAAGAGCGGGAAGACAGGGCCCUUGAAACUACGCAUCCUCUUCGACACCUCCGCCCACAUGACCGUCGAAUGCGCGUCCCUCCCCGCCACCCCCCUCACAACACUCUACCCCCUCUCCCUAAACCCACCAUCUCCAGAACCAUUCACGCCCUCGCCCCUAACAGGCGGCGCCCUAACGCUCCCCCAAACCACACUCCCCCAACCCCCCCAAUGGACUCUCCGCCUCGACACGCACCCCACGCCCUCAACCCCCUUCACGCUCCUAAAAACCACACACCGCCCCAUGUACGACUCGUCGCGCGAGCGCGCCCUGCCCGCUCACCCCGCUGGCAGCAUGUAUCGCGAGGUGAUGCUGUAUAACGAGUGCGACGAGCUGACCGAGGGCGCGCUGACGUCGCUGUAUUUGUUCCGUGGGGGGCGGUGGGUGACGCCGCCUGUGGGGGUGCCGAGUGGGGAGUUUACGGCGCAGACGUUGCGGGGUGGUGGGGAGGGGGAGACGGGGCGUAAUCGGGAUGAGGGUGAACUUAGGGAUUCGUUUGCUGGGCGCUGGGGACAUUCGCUUAGGAGUGCGAAGGUGGGGGCUGGGGGGCAGCGGGGGACGAGUCGGCGGUGGGCGCUUGGGAAGGGGUUUUGCAUGGAGGAGCCGGUUGGGAUUGAUACGGUUGAGGUGGGCGAAGGGGUGUGGGUUAGUAAUGGGGUGAGGGGGUUUGGGUAUGGGAGGGUCGUCGCUGCGUGA